AUUAUUUUAAAAUUCUGAAUUUCAGAAUUAAUUUUUGUAUCUUUAAACUGUUUGAUGGUUUUAUAUCUUGGUAUUUGAUAGUACAUAGUGAUAGUGAAGUUAUUUUUCCGUUUAUUUUUUUUAUGUAUUUAGAUAGUUCAGGUAGUUGUCUAAUUUUGUUGUCUACUAGUAAUUUAUUUGAUUUUGUUAUCCAACGAAUAUGGCAAACGAUGAUUUAUUGUUGGACCCUAGUAUAGAUACUGACAAUGAAGAGUUUGACUGUCAUUUGGGUAAGAUACCAAAAGAACAUUUAGCCGUAUUCCAACGUUUGGCCAAAACAAAUGGCAAGGUAAAUCGCAUGAAAAAGAAUCAGUUAAUAGUGAAUAUGAAAAAGAAAGAACUCAGUACUGAAGGCGAAUUAGACAUGUUGAGAAAACGUUUAAAGAACUACUACAAAAGAAAAGCACUUGUAAAAGCUAAAAUCUGUGAUGCUGAAUCCAAUUAUUUUGCAUAUUUCGUUAUUAUCGAUAUUGAAGCAACUUGUACUAAAGACAAUCCUCAAGAUUAUAAGUAUGUUGAAACUAUAGAUUAUUAAUUUUUCAUUAAUCCACAUAAAAUGUUAUAAUUGUACAAUUUAAAGCAGUAGGUAGUUUUCAAUAUUUUAUAAAUAUCACCAGUAAUAAUAAGGUAAUAUAUUUAAGGUAUAUCAAAAUUAUGGCAAACAGUGUUUCUUAAAGUAGGUAUCUAUUAAUUAUAUUUCCAUUAAUUUAAUUUGAAGGUAUGUGCAAGGUAUAGUGAUAGUUAAAGUCUUAGUAAGUGAGGUAGAGAAGUAUCUAGAAUUAAUUUUACAAAGGUGAGAUUGAGAAGGAUAUCAUAUAUAAGAUAAAGUGUGCUGAGAGAGGAAUUAGGUAGUGAUAUACUAUAUGAUUACACAGAAUAUUAGAAGAUUCCAAUUAGGCUGAAAAGUACAUUCUAUAAAAUUGUGGUGAAAACAACAUUAUUAAAUUAUUAAAAAAAUACUGAUCAAUAUCCAAUAGCAAAAAUUACUAAGUCAUUAAUCAUUUUACCAUAUAGUUGCAAUUUUCACACUUGUAUGUAACAUUGUAACAUACUAAUUAAUAAAUUCUUAAUUAAUAAAUGUUAAAAUAAAACUGCCUAUCAAGUGAUUUUUUUUUCUUUAACCUAAUCUGCAAAAUCUUUUUAAUAUUUGAAUGUAGCCAAAGUGUCCAAAAAUGUACCGAAUAGUAUUAAAAGACCACUGUAUUAAGUUUUUUAUAAUUACAUUUUACUUAUUUCAAUAAAUACAUUUAACUUUUGUAAUAGUUUUGUACUAUAAUAUUAAUAUCAAUGUUAAUCAAAUAUAUUUUAUUACUAUAAUACAGGUUUGAAAUCAUAGAAUUUCCAGCCGUGUUAGUUGAUGCCAAAAAUCAAACAAUAAUCGACCAUUUUCAAGCUUAUGUAAAACCUACAAUCAAUCCAAAGCUAUCUGAAUUUUGUACAGAAUUAACUGGUAUUACUCAAGUAAGUUCUUUUAUCUUUUAUUUGAUUAGAAAAAACUUGCCAAAAAUGUCUUUUCAGUUUAAUAUUCCUAACAUUAUUAACUAUUCCUAAAAACAUGUUAGUUAUCAGUUUUUUUUUAGCUCUUAUAACUACUGAGCUCAAGUUAUAUUUUUUAUAUAAUAAUGCAAAGCCAUUUGUGUUAUUGAUGGAAUUUCAAAAAACUAAUGUAAUUAAAGUUUAUAACAAAAUGUUUGUAAAAUUAGUAGGUAUCAACAUUAUAAAUAAUUUUAUUUUACAGAGUCAAAUCGAUUCAGCUGAUCCAUUUCCCAUAUGUCUUAAGAGAUUUAAAGAAUGGUUAAAGAAACACGAACUUGGAACAAAACACACAUUUUCUGUUGUUACUGAUGGUUCCUUUGACAUGGGUCGAUUCCUUUAUGGACAAUGUAUAGUAAGUUUUCAUUCAUGAUUAUGAUUUGAUUAUGAAUCGGAGAAACUAAAAACCGUAAUAAUUUAAAUUUAAUUAUAAUAAGUUAAUUUAUUAUAUUAUAUUUAAACCGAAUUAUUUUGUUUAUCUUAACAAAUAAAUUUAAUUUUUAGAUGUCAGGAAUUCCUUAUCCAGCGUUCGCUACCAAAUGGAUUAAUAUCAGGAAAGUGUUCAAAGCAUAUUAUUUCCCAAAAAAUGUUAAGGUAAUUCUAUAUUAUAUAUAUAUAUAUUUAUUGUUUUAAAUUAUUUACUAUCAGUACAAGUAAAGUCUAUAUCUUAAUUAACUUAAUAUAACCCAUGUUAUAUUGUGUCAACUGUUGAAUAUCUGAGAUGAGCUGUCUCAAAAUUAAAGUACAAACUAGAUGAUUAGGUUAGCCGGUGUAUGGUGUACUAGGACCUUUACUACCUAUUUUUAGAAUUAUCAAGUGUCAAAUUCUCAUUAGAACUGUCAGGUUGAUGAAUGUUUGGUUUUUGAAUAAUAAUUUUAAUAAGGGAUUAACAAUUAUAAUAUACACUUACUUAUAAUUACAACAGCUUUUUGUAUUAUAAAUCUUAUAAAUAUUGAACACUGUUUUAACUUGAACUAUUUAUGUUUAAUUAAAAAAAAAAAUACAUAAAACAAAGAAUAUAGAGUACAUAAUAUUUUUAACCCACCAUGAGUCGCCUUACGGUCUAAAAGACCAUGAGUUUAUUAUUUCACUAAUUGCUCAUUGUUAUUUUGUGCAAUUUGAUACCUUCAAUGUAUAUGUUAAGCUAUUUUUUUAAAAACUAUUUAGAACUUAUAAUUAUUGUUUUUCGACUUUAAAGCCAUUUUUAAAAUCUAUAACCUGUCAAAAAUACCGUGUGCAACUAUACUCGGUAUCAAUUUUGUUAGAUAUUAUUUUCAUUGACGUCCAAUUUUAAAUGAAAAAAACAACAAAAACAAUAUUCACACUCACCUCUUAUUUCCUCAAAUAAUUAAUUGAAGGUUGCAAUAUUUUCGUUUAGUUUAUACUUUUCAUAUCACUCAUCACACGUUUAUGUUGGUAUUUUUAAUAAUUUAUUUUCACUUUAAGCUUUAAUAUAAUAGUUCCAUUAAUACCAACUUUUAUUGUAAAUUAUAUUGUAUAAAUUAUGUAUAAUUUUUUUAAAUCAUUAAUAAAUUAAUUUGUAUGUAAAAUGUUUAAAAAAAAAUAUAUAUGAACUGUCUAAAAGACCUUGUGUGAUCAUAUGUGUUACAAAUAAUUAUGCAAUUCAUGGUAGGUUAAUUAUAAUCUUGUCUUGUAUGUGGAUUUUUUUUUUAUGUAUAAGCUACUCUUACUUCUUAUAGUAUUUAUAAUUACAGCAUUUUUUUUUCUUUUUGAGAAAAAUUAAAUUUGUACAUUAUAGUUUGAUUUUUUCUCUUGUAUGUAAACACAGACAAUUCAGUAUCAACUUUUAAUGUUUAAGUGGUAACAUUUUAUUUUUAAAUUUUCAAAGAUAAUAUUUUGUUUACCGAUUAUCAUUACUCAAAGUUUAGACUGGAUAAAUACUAAAGAAAAAUCUAAAAAUUGGUGAGAAAUGUAUUUCCUUCAAAUUAAAAUUUCAUCAUAAUCAUAUUAUAAUUUCAUAACUUAGUGUGAGUUUUAGAUGCCACUGUUAAAGUUUUUCAACUUCCAUAGUUCUGGAUAAUUUCCUCCCAAUUUGUGUUUUCCAAUCUCUCUAGGUUUUGCUGUAUGUCAUCAAUCUACUGUUUCUUUAGUCUCUUUACUUCUGGUUGUCAUCUAUAAUUGCUCUUCAAGUAGUUCAACACGGUAUCAUAUAUAGAUCCGCAUAUUGUUCUUAGCACUUUUUUCUCGAAGGCCAUUAGUUUUUGUUUGAUUCGUACUAUCAGGGGCCAUACUUUGCCAGUAAUUAUUGGUCUUAUUAUUGCUGUGUACAGGCAUACUUGUUUACCUUUAGAGAAGAGCUUUGACUUAGUAUUUAGCCUACGCAAAGUAUCUCCUUUCAUCUUUAUUGAUGGAUCUAUCUAUUUUAGUGCUUCAAUCGUUAUUUCAGGUAAUUGUUGCACCUAGAUACUUAAACUAAGUUUUCUCAAACACAUAGUUCUUAAUUGCUAGGCUUUCAUCUUUACUGUACAUUAUUUCCAUAACUUGUCUUUUUUACAUCGUUUCGAUUUUGUUUGCUUUGUUUAUGAGCGUAGUACUUUGUAUUAUUGACUCUUUAUCUUCUCCUUUUCAGAUCAUUCGCAAAACCUAAAAUGUCUAGUGUGACUGACUGUCAAUCCUGAUUCCAGGAUUAUUUCUUUGUAUGCUAAAUGAGGUUGAAUAGUAAUAGCGAAAAUGCAUCACCCUGUUUAAGGAGAGUCGUAACCUAGAACUCUUCUAAUAAAGCGUUGUCCAUCCUAACUUGAUAUCUUGAUCUGUUCUUACACAUUAUAGUUAGUGAAAUGAGCUUUUUGGGAAAAUCUAAACUUGUCCUUAUAUUAUACAGACUCACAAUGAAUACUAUUGUAUUUCUUCUUAAAAUCUACAAAUAUCUGAUAAACACAUUUCCAUUAAUUCUUUAAUAAUGGAGAGUUGAUUAGUUGAUAAUUUACCUUCCACAUUGAUAGCUUCCUAUUUAUAUUUAAACCACAACUAAUUACAACUAUUUAACUAUAACUAUUUAAAUUAAUAAACUUUUUUGAUUUGAUAUUAGAUUUAAAUAUUUUAGUAUCUUGUUUAAAGUUAAAAAUUAAAAUUAUAGGUAAUAAUUAGAAAACUGAUAAUUGAGAUUUUUUUAUCUAUUAAGGAAGGACAUCAUGUUAUGUGUCAAUACCAUAUUAAAUAAAUAAAUAAAUAAAAGUGAGGACGAUAAAUUAUUAUAAUUAUGAAAAAUUAAAAAUAAUGUGCAGAAAAUAUUUUGAUUUUAAAAUUUUAAAAUUUUGUUUUAAAAACCAAUUUACAAUAGUAACAACAAAUAUUCCUAGUAAAACAUGGUGUAUUUAAUUGGUUUAUAAUUAUCCAAUUUAUUAUAUUGCAUUUCUUUUAGAAUUCUGUUCCAUGCAAUAUUAAUGCAAUGUUAGCAUUUUUGGGUAUGAGAUUUGAAGGUAGUCCUCACAGUGGCUUGGAUGAUUCACGGAAUAUAUCAAGGAUAUGUAUACGAUUACUUGAAGACGGAGCAUUUUUAGAUCAAAACGAAAGAAUUAUUUCUUUGAAAAACCCUACUCCAUUUGGAAAAGGUGUAUGUGUUUAAAGUUUUAUAAUAAUUAUAUUAAACAAAUAAUAAACAAAAAAUUAUGUUCACUAAAAUAUUGAAUUUUAUUACAGGAUCCUUUACCAAUAAGGCCAGUACAUAAUAUAUUUUGCGAUGGCAUACACAAGAAAACUCAACAUUGGACUCAAAUGAAGAAUUUAAGUUUAAAUGAUAAAAAAUAAUUCAAAAUGAUGAAACAAAAUAUAGAUAUUGUUCCUUCCGCACAAAUCAUUAUCGAUCAUAUAUUUAUUUUUAUUUUCUUAAUGUUUGUUAUGACUUAAGAAAGUCUUUGUGAUUCUUAUUUUCAAAAUAAAUUAUUGAUUUAUACAUAUUAUUAUAUGAUUUAGGGUAUUUUACCCAUAUAAUUAUUACAUUAAAAUACGAAUUCAAUAAAAAAAAUUUUAUAA